GACUAGAACGGCAGUCAUCCUUUCGGUAGAUACGAGUGAAUGAAAUAGGAUCAGUGAGAGCAUUGUGUUACGGUAACAACAGGGCAGUCCUUUGGAAUUGCGGAUAUUCGUUGUCGUUCCAAAAGGAGCAAAGUCGUUCCCCUCCCAACACAGUUUAUUUGUCGAAAAAAGGAAAUACGGAAGCUGGGUCUCCCGCUGUACCAAUCUCUACAGCAACAGCUUACACUAUCUCUACAAAUAUCAGCACUUUAACUUCUACAUGAGUGCUCCUACCGAAAGCAUCUUUGUACCGGAUCGGCGAAAGGUCGCUGCCCGUUUGACGAAUGGGCCAGCACCCCCGCCUCCACCCGAAGACAAACACCGAGCCGUACACCGUAUUCGUCUGAGUGCGCUCCAACACAACUUUGCCUUUGUGGAAUCGACCGCAGCUCGGCAGCGAUGCUCCGUCAUCGCCGUCGUCAAGGCGGACGGCUACGGACACGGGGCCAUCGCGACGGCGUUACACUUGGCCGACCGCUGCGGGGCCGAUGCCUUUGCGGUGGCGACCCUGGAAGAAGCCAUUUCCUUGCGACGAGCCUUCGAGCGGAAUCCACCCGGCCGUUGGUCGAAACAGCUGGCGGCCUUGUUUCAUACCGGUGGCAUCGAUACGGCAACCACCAGUCUCGACACCGCGAGUGCGGGCACCUCCCGGCCCAACUCGCCACAGUCCGAAGUCGCGGCGCGAGUCAUGCGGCCAGCGCAGAUUCGGAUACUCGUACUCGGUCCGCCCGUAGGAUUUCCGCGUUGUUUCGACGACUACUACCAUCACGGGAUUGAAGUGAUGGUGUCGGGUCCGGAAGUGGUGCAGGCUCUCAUGGAGUGGGUACUCAACGAAAAAGAACGCAAACGGACGCAGGUGCAACGGGCCGCCAUGGAAGCCAAAGCACACGCCUUGACGGCGCCCAUGGCUCCGCGAGAGUCCGCCAAUUGGGACGAAAAGAAGGACAGUCGAGAAAAUCUGCUGCUGUCGGAUCCGCAAGGUCUGUCCGAUCCUUCGGGAGACAACCACAAGAAAGCUUUACGCCAUCCGUCGUCAACCCUUGGCAAUGUUUCGGGACAAGAUCUGGCCAACGAAGUGCGGGCAAUGCUCAUCAAACAAAAAGCGGCAACGGACGCUGCCAACGUUUCUGCCGCAACCGGAAUCGUUCCAAAAGCCAGUACGUCCAACGUGGCAAGUACGGUAAACAGUUCGGAAUCCUCGGUGUCGUCUGAUCCAAAAUCCGCAAUGACACCACCCAAAUCAAACGUCACCGUCAACUCUCAGCAUUCGCAAUAUCCUGGGACGAAACAAUUGUUCGGAGGUAUUGAAGCGGCGGCGCGAACUUCACGAAAUCGGGCACAAGCCGCGGCUCACGUUGCAGCUAUCUUUCACGAAUCGGAACACGAAGCCAGUGCGCAGCAACCUCUGGCCCCAAACAACUCCCAGAGCACGGCUCCAGCCAAUUCGUCGUUCCCCAUCCCUGCAGGGUCCACACCUGCAACCCGCAAACGUUUGCGGUGGCAUGCUCUCGUUGAUAGCGGCAUGGGACGGCUCGGUUUCAAGACGGAGCCGGUGAAGAAGGAGGAUGCUUUGGCGGGGCGGAGGGAUACGGUUGAGAUUUUGCAAGACAUGCUGGAUGCGGAAAUUAACGGCAACGCACCCAUUGAGUUUUACGGUAUGUGCACUCACAUGGCCGAAGCAACCGCAACAUCCGACUUCACAAAAUCGCAGAUUGCGAAGUUUAUAAAUCUACUGAAACGAGUGCGCAGUGCUGGAAUUUAUAUCCCGACUGUAUCCACCGAUAACUCAGCUGCGCUGCUAACUACCAACCUGACUCACUUCAAUCCGAGCGAAAUCUUGUCACAAAAGGAUUCCGAUACGCGUGGAUUCGUACGGACUGGUGGAGCUAUCUAUGGUCAACGACCAGCAUUCGACGAACUCCAAGCCGUUUCGACUCUUCUGGCAUCAGUCCGCCACGUAGCAAUUUUGAAACAAGGUGAAAGCGUUGGCUAUGAUCGAGCUUACAUAGCCCCCUACAAUGUUCGAAUUGCUACCUUGACGAUCGGAUUUGCUGACGGUUAUCCACGUGAACUUGGCAACGGUGUUGGCAAGGUACAGAUCCGGGGCUCGGUUUUUCCAGUUGCAGGGAACGUUUGCAUGGAUAUGCUCAUGAUCGAACUGGGACCGGCCGAAGAUACAGAUAUCGGAUCGACUGUAGCUGUUGGUGACACCGCUGUAUUGUGGGGUCCUCUGGACGAAAACGAUGAUUACGGCAUGGUUCGACUGCAGGAUUUGGCGACGACGCUGAAGACGACGCAGUCCGCCCUAACCUGUGGACUUGACAAGAUUCGGGUACUGCGGCAAUUUGUCUAA